AUGUAUGGACAGAAAGAUGGUGGUCAAGGUGUCUCUGUACAAAAUGGGAUGAAGGCCCUGCAUUGUCCUCUUGGACUUCCUUCGUUGCCAGUUGAUAUCUGUAAACGAAUAGCGACAUACUGUGAAUCAGAAAAUCAGAAAACUACAGAUAUCGAAAUUCUGCGGCAUCAUAUGUGGCUGAAAGGAAACGAUCUGCAGACGUUUUCGAGACCGUUUGGUAUUGUUGGUAUACCAAACUACCAGUUUGGUAUUGUUGCAACCAUUCGAGCACUUAAGACGUUGGUCCAUGAGGAUAUUACCGCCGCAAUUAAAUCUUUUAAACAUAGCGAUACAACACUGGAAAGUGAAGGUGUUUUGGUCUACGUUGACUUCGCUACUACACGUUUUUGUUUCAUAACUCAAUUCUUCUUUGAAAAUGAAAAGGAAGCUGUUGUUAUCGUUAAAGUUGUUGUAGGCUGUUGUUAUCAUUAA